GCACGACACACAAGGCAACCUGAAGAUAUGCUGCUGCUGUCGUUGUUUUCAACUGCCCGGGACUAUUCAAGUUUCCCUGUUAGGACAUCAUCUCCAUUUUGAGAGUGUUGCAUGAAGGGUGCACGCGUUCAAAUGGAUGUUCCCGACAAGCUCCACCUCCACGCUCACCUUUUAUGCAAAAGGGUGCAUGCGUGGAGUGUGUGCGUGCCUACCAAACACACGACGCGCACCGUCAUCUCGCACGCGACGCGUUUCGAAGCAGUCAAGGACGCGCGGUGGUACGCGAUCGUCGCGGAUGCGCCGCUAAGUUCGGAGUGGAGAAGACCGUGAACGCACCUUGCGUCCAGCAGCAGCAGCAGCAGCAGCAGCAGCCAUGGGGGCCCAGAUGACCAGACACUAUAAUCUCAUGCACGGACCGGUUCCCAUCACGUCUCUUCCGUCCGGCUCACUCUAUCACAACCACAACUCUGACUGUUCGGUUCCCGUCAUGGCUCUGCCAUGCGCUUCGCACCGCCACUUGCAGUUACACUGCCCGGGUCCGAGCUUCACUGUGUCAGCGCCCUCAAACCACAGCAAGCAGCUAUGCCUGCCGGCCUAUCAGCCGUGGGUCCCCCUCAACGAGCCCCCUCUGCUCUUCCACCCGACGGCGAAGGGCUCGCAGAUCGUCAUGGACGAGUCGGAGAGAAGCGUCACCAGGAGGGCCAGCUUCUGCAACGGCAUCGUCUUUAGCAACAGAUGCGUGGCUGUUAACGAGGUGGUCCGGCUGAAGAUCACGCAUACCAACUACGUCUGGCAGGGUGCUCUACGCAUUGGUUUUACAACCAAAGACCCGUCAAGGAUGAACCCCAAAAGCCUGCCCAGGUAUUCUUGUCCCGAUCUGGCUUCUAAGUUCGGUUUCUGGGCAAAACCCUUGCCAGAGGAUCUUCUCUGUGCCGAGACUGUCAUCUCGUUCUGGGUGAACAAGAAGGGUCGGGUGCUCUACCGGAUCAACGCACGCAACUCCAAACGGUUAUUCAGGCAGGUUAACUCCUUCCUUCCAUUGUGGGCUCUCGUUGACGUCUACGGAAAGACCAAGGGAGUCCAGCUUCUCGACAGUGAGACACUACCAACGGAUGUGUCAAAAGUCAGCUCUACCCGAGUGAUGUACCAGAGAGAAAAGACACGUAAACGGCAACAUUUGAUGCCCAAGUUUGAGCUGUACGAAGAGGACCAGGAUGAUGACAACCACGACGAGCAACAGUGGACUGGCCACAUUCCCCAAAACACUCAAAACUUGCGGCUGUGCUCAGUGCUCCCCAAGUACCAGGACGACGAGCUGUGCGUUCACUUUAGGCACGGCGAGCACGUGCACGUGACGGAUCCUCACACGGUGGUGACGCUGAAGCAUGAGGGCCCGGACAAGACGCUGAUCUUCACCAAUCGGCCUUUGGAGUACUCCGAGAGCAUCUUCGUGAUGGUGCAGACCGCCGGGCCGGGUUCGAUGGCUUACGGUGUGACAGCCUGCGACCCGUCCACGCUGCAGUCCCAAGACCUGCCGAGCGACCUCACGUGGCUGCUGCACCGCAUGGAGUUCUGGGCCCUGGGGCAGCUGUCUGCGCCACUGUCGGACGAAGAGAUCCUGGGCUUCGAGGUGAACGCUGACGGCGAAGUCAUCAUGAGCAGCAAUGGCGUCAACCUCGGGGUGCAGCUGUGCGUGGACAACACCAGACCUCUGUGGAUGUUCUUCGCUCCUCAAAAAAACAUCACGCAACUCAAGAUUUUUGGCUUGUCUUCACACUCAGAUGUCCAAGGCCCGCCGGGAUCACCCUUGUCCCCAUCCAGCACGCCCACAGAGCCCAACAUUACCUCCGACAGACUCCUCAACCCUAGGCAGCCUUCCUUCACAGGCUCGGCUCUUCCGUCAGAGAACUUAGGCCGGUUGCUCCCGAGUUCACCCACAUCUACUCCCACGAAGCCCCACACCAUUCCGUCUUACAAAAUGCACCUCCGCUUCAGCGCUCCUUCCCUCUCAGAUGCAGAGCAGAACGCUCCCCCGUCCAGCCCGCACUCUCCCAGCUACCCGCAAGUCACCGACGACUGCGCCAUUUGCUGCGACGACGCGGCCGACACGGCGCUGUACGACUGCGGACACCUGUGUCUGUGCUACAGGUGCGCCCUCAAGCUCAAGCAGGAUCAGGCAACCUGUCCCAUCUGCAGGAAGCCCAUCCGAGACGUCAUCAAAACUUACCGCAGUUCGUAGGGCAACGAUCGUUUUUCAGUGGAACAUUUCGUCUCGCCAUUGGAUUGUCAAGAUCAACUCAGGUUUUGUUCGAUUAGUAAAGUUCUAUACUACUUUUUGUGUUUGUGUGCGGGGCCCAAUCAGUUUUUGGAACCCUUCCGUUUGGCAGUUUGGUACCUGGUUCUUUAUUGAGGAUUUAGUCGACUUCUUAAUAAAAACCACCAUCACGUCAAAAUUAUAGAAACCAUCAAUACGAUGCAAAAAGCAAAUAUAACAGCACACAACUGUGCCGUGUACAUCUUCUGGAGCUGUUCAGAAACAAUAUUUAUCUAAUAACAUGAUGAAAAAAAAAAAAAAAAAAAAAAAUGUGAUCAAAUAUACUCACCAAAGAUUUUGAUGAUUAAAUCUAUUGAAGGGUGCUGCUAGCUCUAGAUGUAUUUUGCUAGCGGAAGUUGGCGGUAAGUGGUUUUGCUCUGACUAACCAAUCAGAGGAAGGAAAAAUGCUGAUGUGAUUGAGGGCCAGCCCUGUGAGAACUCAUUUGCAAUCUGAUUGAAACAGUCCCAUUGCUAUUGUCGUAGAAGUUAGAUCGGCCAAAGCUUCUGAUUCUGAAGGCCCUGGGCAGAUUAGAUCAACAUGGCAACACACGGAGGCUGCAAUCUGAUUGGACAAAACAAAAACGAAAAAAUCGACAUCCACAUAGAUCGACUGGAAGCAGCGCAGUCAAGAGGAAGGCUACAAAAUUGUGAGAAUAGACUGUUGGUUAUAAAUGAAUACAAUUUCAUGGAACAGAAAUUGUAAAUGUAGGUCAGUGCUUCUGAUAGUGUUUAGGCCAGUGGAGAAGGACUGACCGCCCGCCACUGCCAUUUGGCUAGCACUUAAAGGGUGGAGCUUAAUAGCCAUGUGCCAUGAAGGAACACAAACCUUCAGAUGUCCUCCAUUGUUCGUUGUUUACAGUGUCGCGUUGGUAUGGAAUGGACGUCACGUUAAUUGUGUACCAUUAGCCAACCGAGCCAAACUUGGCAGAAAAACAUCCGAUACGAGAUCAGAUGAGGUCAUGGGUGAAGUAGCGAAGACUUUUUUUAGCACUAUAAAAACAAUUUUAUGUAUCGGUUUUCAGGGAUUUUGGUUUUAGGUAAAAGCAAAACUACACCACUUUCAAAAAGUUUGGGAUAUUGCGCUUUCAGGUAAAAUUUCAGGAUAGAAACAGAUACAGAGAGACUGGAAGAUUCACAGAAAGGCUUACAAGUGGACGUCCUUGGAAAUUUUCAUGGAUCAAACACCGGUUGUGAAUUUUGCCAAAGGUCAAAUUAAGUUCACCUGUAAAGGCUGUAGUGCAUUUUAGGUUUAUCCUGUAAUUUCAGCUAAAAGCCUAAUAUUACUACAUUUUUGGGGUUCGUCUAUAUGUAAUCAAUGCUGGUGGAAGUAGCUGUUUUUUAAGGGGUGUAUACACUAUUGCCUGUGGCAGUUGUCCAGUACUGUAGGAUUUUUUUUUUGUCUUCAUUUUAUAUCCAAUCCCAGAGAAAGUCCUCUUGACAAGUUAGUCUAAGGAUUAACACGUACAGUAUACCAAUGUGCUGUCGCGAUAAGCAGCAGUACAACUGGGUUAGCGGAUAACUCAUUUGGGGAAAUAAAAUUUGCAUUCAUUGUGGCAUCGCGAAAGAGAAUCGGAUCACAUUGAAAAGGAAAAAAAACAAAAGCAAUAUCGGGGGGGGGGGGGUAAAAUCUGAAUGGUUUGAUGGAACUUUGGACUGUAAAAAUAAUUAAAUUGGAAUAGUGUGAAAAUAAAGUCCUAAUAUUAUGAGAAAAAUAAGGUAAUGUUGCUUUUAAAAUAAAAAAAAAAAGAUUUCUUGUAAUUUUUGCAACUAAACAUAAAAUAUUUUUUUUCUGUUUUUCUCAUGUAGUUUUUUCAUCGCAUUGUUUAAAAUGUAUUCAGUAUAUUUCAACUUUUUCUGUUGUAAUUUUUUCCCAGUAAUAUUUAUUAAUACCUUAUGGUAAGGUAAUACUUAGAAUUUUAUUAUUGUUUUAAUUCUAAUAAUAUGACCAUAGUUAUAUUUGAAACAUUAUUUGCCGUUUUAGUUUCGAAUUUCUUUUCUAAUAUUUAUUUUCAUAAAAUACCUUUUCCUUUAAUAUUACAUCUUUAUUGUCAUUACAGGAACUUUUUUUUGUAAUGUUCCAACUUUAUUGGCAUAAAAUAUUGACUUUUUUGUUUCAUCACUUGUUUUCUUGUCAUAUUAGUUUCUCUCAAAAGAUUUUUCCUUGUCAUAUUCCAACUUUAUUCUCAUAAAAUGCUGACUUUUUUCUCGCAACAUUGCCACUUUGUUUUCAUAAAAUUAUUGUUUUUCUUGUAACAGUAGGACUUUAUCCUUACUAAACUAAAAAUGUCCUUUCCCCCCCCCCCCCUCUCGGAAAAUGUUUACAUUCAUUAAUAAUUUGUUAUACUUCUGAGAUUACUUUUCUUUUCAAUGUGGCCGUAACUCCUUGCACCAAAUCAUUGUGUCGUUUAAGCCCAACUAUGAAUUUUGUGCAACAUUUUUUGCCACUUUUUUAAUUUUAAAAUAGUUUUUUUUCAUUUAAGAAAACAUUUGAAUGCUAGGACGACAUAUGCCGCUGCUACGAUAAUAAGCAGCGAAAAGGCUGUCGAGGGUCAAAUGCGGUGUGAAGUACGCGGCUACCUGCUUUGUGUGCUCUUGAGAUGCUACGAGAGCGAGCCAACGAGCUGUUGUGGGCUCAAGGAGGAUGCAAAUGAGCCAGGAAGUGGACGAAGGUCACCUUGCUGCGUUUAAAAACAAGCUUUAAAGCAUGUACGAUUUUAUGUAAUUUGAUAACAAAACAAACAAAAAAAACAAAAACACAAAAAAAACUGUCUGGCUCUGGCUUUUGUAAAGUAGCUUUCCAAUAAUGGCAAGUGGAUUUUUUUCUUCAUCAUCGGGAUGAGGAGGCGGGCAGACACAACAAGUGACAGGCAUCGCGGCUAUUGAAUCUCUUGGGGUACGUUCAAUGACAACCUUGUGUUUCUGAAGAGAAUAUUUGAGCCACUGAGAACUGGAGUGGGCUAACUCAAUUACAUUUUUUCAAGUUUUAUGGCACGUCCGCGACCCGAGUGAGGAUAAGCGGUUUGGAGAAUGGAUGGAUGAAUGGCACUAAACGUUUAGUGCGACAGUGGUCCAAUUCCCUACAUUAGUCAAGUCUAUAAUUCAAAUACGUUAAAAUUGAGCUGCUGAGAGCUAGGGGGGGGGGGGUGUUGUAUUCGUAUCGUUAUUGUCACUUACUGUGCCUUUUUUAAAAACCGUAAUAAGCCCUUCAAAUGUCUCAUCGCUAUUUUUAUUGAAUUCCUUUGUGCGCACAGAAGCAUACAGUACAUAGGAGUCCAUUAAUGAAGUCAAGCAUUUGUUCAGUUUCAACCACUCACUGCACUGCCAAACUGGAAUUAUACUGUGCAGAUUUAUUUUGUCCUAAUCCAAUAAAUACAUCAAAAUAAUACAAAAUAUGAAGUAUAAGAUGUAUCCUAGUAUGAGGUGUAUUUAUUUUUGUUAAUGCUUCUAUGAAGAAUUCUUAUCUGUAUGUAUUGCCACAAAACUGUCCCUAAAAGUAUUGUUUAUAGCGUAUUGUAGUUUAGUUGCUUAAGAAAUUAUGACACUAUUGGGAAAUUGUACUGAAAAUGAUACAUGCUAGGUUAGCUCCAAGCUAAGCUAAGAUAGCUGGGUUUUUUUGGGUAAAUGUUUGGGGAAAUUAGUGAAAUUGUUACCAUGUAAAAUGUAAAUGCUGAUAAAUUAAAUAUGAAGGAAAAAAAACGACAACAAAAUGUGAUUUAGCUUAGCCACUUCGCUAAGUUAGCUUAGUUUAAAAUCAGUGAAAUGAUAACAGCUCGCAUUGUUGUUGUUGUUUUUUUAUGUGACCAAAUUUUUACUGUUAAAAUUCAACUUGUAAAAUAUAUGAAAAGUGAAUUUGUGUUUUUAUGAUGCUUGCUAUUAUUUGUUUGUAUUUUGGAUUUUUUUCAUUAGGUCAUUCACAUCAGGGGCUGUGUCUUCUAUGCGAGGAAAGUCUUUCUUUUUCAAAUAAGCCAAUGAUGCCAAUUAAUUUUAUUUGUUCAAUAAAGUUUACAUCCAAAAGCA